AUGACCGAUCGUGUCCUGAUUGAACACCCUGUUCCCGAGGCGCAGGAGCUCCUGCCAUCGAUGGUGGGCCGCGUGGCGGUGGUGACGGGCGCGUCGAGUGGGCUCGGCAUCGAGACGGCCAAGUGGCUGGCGCUGCGUGGCUGCGACGAGGUUGUGCUCGCGGUGCGCAACACAGCCAAGGCUGAUGGCGUUGUCGAUGACAUUGUGGCCGAGUGGGGUGAGCAGGUGCCCGACCUGCGGUCGCGGCUGGUGGUGAUGAAGCUGGACCUGGCCGACCUUUCGAGCGUGCGGGCGUUUGCGGCUGCGAUGGCUGAGCGUCACAGCCACCUCGACAUACUAGUCAACAACGCGGGGAUCAACAUCCCGCUCGGCCGCACCACCGUCGAUGGCUUUGAGAUGAUGUACGGCACAAACCACAUCGGCCCGGUCUGCCUCACUGCCGAGCUCAUGCCACUCCUGCUCGCGGCGCCAAACCGUGCCGUCGUCUCGACCUGCUCGUCGGGCGGUGCAGACUCGCUCGCGCCGGCUGGACUCGUCCCGGACACCGAUGAGGGCCUCACGCAGUGGCCGGCCUACGGCCGCUCCAAGGCUGCUAACCUGGUCUUUACCGUCGAGCUCCAGCGCCGGCUCCUUGCCGCGGGCAUCGAUCACGUCCGUGCCAUGAGCUCCCAUCCCGGCUGGACAUACACUGGCCUCGUUGAUGGCGAGGGCUUCCUUGUCCGCAUGCUCAACAAGAUGUUCUCGCAGAACGUCCAGAUGGGCACCACUCCGCAGCUGGCGUCGGUCGGUGCCGGCUUGCUCCCUGCCGACCAUCCGAACAGCGCGUCGACGCACGCGUUUUUCGGUCCGCGUGGAUGCAAGUCGAUGCGCGGCCCGCCGCACGAGAUGCCCAUGUUCCGCGAGGAUGAGGUCAAGGACGUUGAGCUUGGCACCCGGCUUUGGGACCUCACCAACGAAGCCAUUGGCAUCGACAGCUGGGCUUUUGACUCCUCAGAUCGGAUUGAGCUCCCGUGA